AUGUAUUCGUUCCUGAUCGAUAAGUGUUUUGCGUAUGAAACUGGUCCCAAUCGAGACAAGGAGAAAGAUUCGUCGAAUGAAUCUAAAGUUGCUACUGGUUCGUCGGUCAAAGGAAAACAGUCAGGUUCGAAACCAUCGUCAGUUCCAGAAAGGAAGUCGUUUGCUGGUACUAAAGGUCAAGGACCACCGCCAAAAACGUCGAGUUCUCCGCCAUCGUCAUUUCCGCCAAUCGUCUGUGUUGGAUGCGGCGAGCAACAUUAUCUCGAUAUGUGUAAGUUAUUUUUGAACAAAUCGAUCAACGAUCGUUUCGACUUUGUAAAAAGUAAUCGUUUAUGUUUACGGUGCCUUAAAACAGGCCAUAAUGUCGCUAUGUGUAAUCGUAAUAUCAAAUGUAAUAUGUGUAGUGGUAACCAUCACAGAUUGUUGCAUAGGGAAACUGUUCGUUCAAAUGUUCGAAAUGAAGGAGGUGGUAUGGAUGGUUCUGGUAAUGGUAUGAGUACCGGUAAUGCGAGUGGAUCUACCGGCAGUGCUAAUAGUGGUACGAGUGGACAGAGUAAUAACGGUUCGACUGCCACGUCUAGUUUAGGUAGCGUUUGUGCUUUAGGUUCGUCGAAGUCAGUAUUUUUAGCCACUGCGGUAGUGAAAGUGCAAGGAGUAAAUUGUACCGAAAUGGGUAGAAUUUUUCUGGAUCAAGGGUCAGAAAUGACGUUAAUCACGAGAGAGUUUUGCGAACGAGCUAAGUUGAAAAUGGAAAAAAGUGAAUCGCCUACAAUGUUAGUUGGUAUUACGAACGACACUGUUCAACUCAACUAUUCGGUGCCUUGUGUGUUGCGUUCACGGUAUUCGAAUUUUAGUAUUGCGAUCAAGGCCGAAGUUGUUGAAAAAAUACCCUACGCGGUAAAUAAGUCGAAUGUGAAAAGUGUGAUUGAGGGUUUUUCGUUGCAAUUCGGAGAAUCGACAGAUCUUCCUUAUAGUUCUGUUGAUAUUUUAUUGGGCAGCGAGUACGCUGAGUUUGUUUUGAAGGAUAAACGUCAAUUUGUUGAUGGUUUAGUUUUCAGAGAUUCGUAUUUCGGAUAUGUGAUUUCGGGAUCUGCUGAAAGGUGUUCGUUUUUCGGUCAGAGAAUGUCAUUUUGCGGUAUGUCUAAUUUGGAACUUUCUGAGCAGUUUCGCAAGUUCGUUGAUGUCGAAGAGAUCCCUGAUCCAAAAAAGGAAAAGGUUGUAGAGCAUGAAUUGAUCGAUAAACAUUUUGAAAGUACUUACUCGAUUGAUCAAGAAACCGGUAAAUUUGUCGUUAGAUUGCCCUUGAAGGAAAGUGUUAAGGUUUUGAAUGGAUCGUUUGGUAAAGUGUGUGCAAUGUUAAGAAAAUCGGAGAUUCGUCGGUCUGAUGUUGUACAGAAGGCGUACGAAAAUAUUUUCGAUGAAUAUUUAUCAUUGAAGCAUAUGACGAAAUUGAGCGGUGAGCCUGAUUUGAAAGCUUACUACAUGCCACACCAUGUUGUAUCUAAAGGGGAAGACUCUCAUCGUAUUGUUUUUAAUGCAUCGUUUACGGAUAAUUCGGGUACUUCGUUGAAUUCUCAUUUUUUGGUAGGUCCGAAAGUUCAACCGGAUUUGGCAGUAAAUUUGAUUCGUUUUCGUAGACAUUUGAUCGGUUUUGUGUGUGAUAUUUUUCGGAUGUACCGUGAUAUUUUAAUCCACCCUGAUGAUCGCAUUUUUCAGCGUAUUGUUUUCCGGUUCAACUUUAAUGAUGAAAUCGAAGUGUUCGAGCUGAAUACUUUAGCGAAUGGUAUAGGACCAGCGUCGUAUAUCGCGCCGAAGUGUUUAGAAAAGGUCGCAUCGUUUAUUAAGGAUUCGGAUAAAAUGGUUAGCGAUAUUAUUAUGCGAGAUUUUUAUAUGGAUAAUUUGGCUACUGGUACGGAUUCGGUUGAGGGUGCUAUCGUUAUUAGUCGUCGAGUUCAUGAAGUUUUAAUGAAGUACGGUUUUCCACUUCGAAAAUAUCAGUCGAAUUCCCCUGAAUUUUUAGAAAAAAUUUCAAGUGAAUUAAUCGAUACCGUGAAGGUUUGUAAUGGUAAGAAAUUUGUUACGUUAUUAGGUUUACUGUGGUAUUUAGAUCUUGAUGAAAUUGGUGUCGAUAUUCGUGAGGAGGUGCUACCUUCCAUUGUGACAAAAAGAGUAAUGUUGCCCAUAAUUUCUAAAACGUUCGAUAUUUUGGGAAUUCUAACACCAGUUAUGAUUCGUGCUAAGCUUUUGCUCCAAGACCUUUGGAAAGAAGGUAGACUCUGGGAUGAAGAAAUUUCUGUUGAAUUGAAGGAAGAGUUCGCUCAAUUUUUAUCUGAUCUAUUGCUUUUACGUUCGUACUCGAUACCUAGAUGUUAUUUUCGUAAUUGUGCAAUUGUGAAGGUACAAUUGAUAGGAUAUUGUGACGCGUCAGUAAGAGCUGCGUGUGCCGUUGUAUAUGUACGAUCAAUCGAUCCUGAUGGUAUUAUUAGGGUGAAUUUUGUCUGUUCGAAAUCCAGAUUAGCGCCUCCCAAGGGAGCGGUUAUUCACCGAAUGGAGUUAAUUGCAGCAGUGUUAUUGGCCAAAUUGAUUAAAUUUGUAAGUUUAGAAUUAUGUAUCGAAGAAAUUUUCUGUUUUUCGGAUUCUCAGGUGGUUCUGAGUUGGAUUAAAAUUGAUCCGGUAAAAUUGAAGCAAUUUGUUUCUAACCGAGUGUCAGUUAUUAAUUCGUUAGUUGAUAAAAGUCGUUGGUUUUAUGUCGAAGGUUCAAAAAAUCCUGCGGAUUUAGGAACGCGUGGUAUAACGGCGUCAAAGUUUUUGUCAUCGGAGUGUUGGUUGAAAGGAGCGAAUUUUUUGCAUGAAAAUGAAUCGUUUGAGCAGUAUGUUUCAGUUGAAUUCCAUUUGGUCGAAAAAAUUCCUGAAAUGAAGUUAGAGAAUGUGUGUAAUGUAAUCGCAAUCGUAAAUCAUCCGGUUUUAUCUAUUGUGAAUUAUAAGUCUUCGUUUUAUUUUUCUAUUUCAAUUGUUGCAUGGUGGAUACGGUAUGUGAGAAUUUUAAGAGAAAGAUGUUCGAGACGGAAAUUAGGAGUGUGGAAUAAAAGUCUACCAUCAAAUGCUCUUGAAAGGAAAGAAGCGAUGAAAAAAUUAGAUAGGUUAACGAAUGAAGAAAGAGAUGCGGCCUAUACGCAAAUAAUUCGAGUAACACAGUACGCUGGUUUUAUGCAAGAGCAAGAAUCAUUGUUGAAAGGUAAACCAGUAGAUAAGAAAAGUAAGUUGUAUGCGUGUACGGUAAAGUUGGAUCCGAAUGGAAUAAUAAGAGCGACAGGUCGAACUGUGAAUGCUAGUUUUGAAUAUGAUAUAAAGUAUCCUAUCGCUUUGCCAGUUAAUUCUCGUUUUCUCGAUCUGUAUAUUCUAUUUGUUCAUGAUAGGUUUCAUCAUGCCAAUAUUUCGUUUGUUUUAAAUUUCGUAAGAGCGAAGUUUUGGGUUAUAGGAAAUUUAUUAUCUCGAAUCAAAUUCCUGAUACAUCGUUGCGUCGUUUGCGUGCGUGAAAACGGCAAGUGUCAAGUUCAAUUGAUGGGUGAUUUACCUGCGGAAAGAAUUACGGUUACGAGACCUUUUUCGUAUGUUGGAAUUGAUUUGACAGGCGCUUUGUCGUUGAAAUGUACGAACCAUAGAUCGGUAAAAAGUUACAAAGUUUAUUUGGUUUUUUUUGUCUGUAUGGUAACUCGUGCUGUUCAUAUUGAAAUCGUUGCGGAUUUAACAACAGAAGAAUUUUUGAAUUCUCUUGUGAGAUUUACGAGUAGAAGAGGUUUACCUUGUAAGAUUUUCAGUGAUAACGCGACCAAUUUCGUAGGUGCGUUAAACGUUUUGAAUUGUAGUAAAUUUUCGAAAUUCUUACACGAAAACAGAAUCGAAUGGAAAACCAUCGCGCCUCGAAGUCCGCAUCAAGGUGGUAUUUGGGAGGCGGCGGUGAAAGCGGGUAAAGCUUCGUUGUAUCGUGCUAUAGGUAAUCAACGGUUGACGUUAUUGGAGUUGCAUACCGUUUCUACGAAGGUAGAGGCUAUUUUAAAUGCGCGUCCUUUAGCGUAUCGUCGUAAUAAUUCUUUUGUCGAACCGAUUACCCCCGUCAUUUUCUGA